GCCACACUGACAUUCCGAUAGUAACGCUGAUAACAAUUUACUGAAUCAUUUUUUGCUGACUGUUCGUGGCUAGUGUUUUAUAAAACUGUGUACUGUGAAUACAUACUCGAGUUUUAGUGUAGUGCUGUGUUUAGUGUUUCUUGGAUUAUGACUAAGAUUUUUGUGUUGACUGUACUUUGUGGUUUCACGUCGUGGUAAAAUAUAAUAUGCUGCUACUCUCAACAUCCAGUGCAGCAAUCAUAAACAAGAAUCUCCGCUUCAAAUAAUCCUGAUGUGUUCUUAAAAAUGACACAUGCGGCGAAACGAAAGCCAAACACGUCCCGUGAAUGAUCAGGCGCCGGACAGCGUGGCACACACACAGCGAUGCAAGAGAUAUGCAACACCGCUGCCUUGCCGCUCGACACUAACCCGCUGGUGCGCAAGAUAAAAUGCGAAGAGUUCCCCACUAUCAGAGGGAAGCAACACACAAGAGUUGGUAUGGGGGUGCGCGAUGAAAUGGAAGAGGACUUCGCGGUGAAGACGAGGAACACACCGCCAAUGGGGCCGGCGCCGGGCCAAGAGCACCCACGCAUGGAGCAUGGGGGCAACGGCUUCUGGUUGGCCGCCGUCACCACCGCGGGAGCCCCACAUCCUAUGCUAGAAACAUGUACCGAAACUGGCUUCAUCAACAGUCAACCUUCUAUGGCGGAGUUCAUGACUGCAUUACCUCAACUAGGUGGUGGGGAACUCAGCCCUCAACACACUCCCCCGGGUUAUGCGCCCGACCUGCCGUCCCCUGGUGGCGGCCUCAACGUUCCAGAAUAUCCAUGGAUGAAAGAAAAAAAAACUACAAGAAAGAGUAGUCAACAAGAAAAUGGAUUGCCGCGACGGCUGCGCACUGCUUACACGAACACACAACUAUUGGAAUUGGAGAAGGAGUUCCAUUUCAACAAGUACCUAUGCCGGCCGAGAAGAAUUGAGAUAGCAGCUUCGCUAGACCUCACUGAAAGACAGGUCAAAGUUUGGUUCCAAAACAGACGAAUGAAGCACAAAAGGCAAACGCUUAGCAAGACAGAAGACGGUGAUGACAAAGACUCCACUACUUCAGAAGGUGGAAAAAGUUCCAAAACAGGGCUCGACAAAUUUUUGGAUGAUGACGGACCGUUAUCUGGUAAAAAGAGUUGUCAAGGAUGCGAACUACCGCCCGGCGCUCUUUGUUCUCCAGCUGAAGAUCUACCGGAGCUAGCGUCACGCACACGAAAUAACAAUACGCCAAGUGCCACCAACAACAACAGCUUCGCGAGUGACGGUGCCUCCAGCGUGGCUUCGUCUUCUUCUUUGGACAAACUUGCCGAAGAAGAUUCACGAGACGGACACCCUCCAAUCACAGCAAUGACUGCUGCUCCUCGAAAUUUGACAAAGAGAAUUAAACAAGAAUCCAGGAAGCGAUCACCUUCAUUGGACACGACGUGUAAAGUUUCGCCAUCAUCCUCUAAAGACGGCCUUGGCCCUGUAGUCGGUCUUUCGGAUAAUGGGAAAUUCUCUUCGGUAAAUUUGACACCUUCUUCAACGCCAGGGACUCCCUCAAGUAUGCAUCCAAGUCCAUUGGGACACUAUCCUAGACCAUCACCUCCAAAUGCUCCACCUGGGCCGCCGCACCCCCAAUCUGUGCCCAAUGCAAUGCCUCCCUACGUUAUCCGCGGUAACGCGCCACCUGGACAAUUUGUACCACACCCUGACUUUCGAAUGGACUCCAAACAAUUUAUUGGAAAGCUCACACAAUAUCCUCAAGGUAACAGAAACUAUGAAGGAUAUGGUGCAGCAAUACAAUCAGCUGACCAACACGGUUACGUCCGAAAUCAGCAGCAUACUCGACAGGAAGGUUCUCCUUCCACGAGGGCUACUAACGGUAUAACAUCGAGGCAAGCGUACCCUCACGAAAUGUAUCAAAAUUAUGGAUAUCCAGGGUAUGGGAAAGAUCAAGUAGCUUACGGUCAUCCUGGUUAUGAUCAAUCGCAGGGUUACACUGGAGAGCAUAUGGGCUAUGCAAACAGUCAUUAUGGCUACCAUUACCACGAAGGUACUCAACAUGAUCACGGUCAUAACUACUACGCUACUGAAGGACAGAAAGCAUCACACGGAACAGAUUAUUCAAAGAAUUAUUAUGAUGGGAACGCUUACCCACAGCAAGCUGCAGGAUACGGGGCAGCAAGUGCGCAGGCCGUGGCGGCAGGCGCGGCGGGCGAGGCUUACAGUGGCGCGGAGUGCGCCGACGGCUACGGUUCGUUCCAGCAGUUCUACGAGGCCACGCACGCCGCGCCUGCCGGGGACAACUCCAAUUCAUCCUCUGACUUCCAUUUUCUCAGCAAUCUUGCAAAUGAUUUUGCUCCAGAAUAUUACACCAUUUGAGAUAAGGACUUCGCCGAGCAGGCGAGUGAUCUGUUCGUGUAAGUUUACUCAUAAUACUGUGUAUGGAACGUUUAAUAUAAGGGUUAUGGUGUUGACUGUUGAACUCGAAGUGUUCGCCCAAGGCGAUGUCGUAUUACAUUGGUAUCCACGACUAAUCCUAAUCCGAUAUAAGUUGGUUAUAUUAUAGUUGCUAUAAUAAAUGAUGUAAUGUAAUAAAUUGUACAUAAAUACUUGUCCUAAUUAAUUAUUGUAAUAGAUAAUUAUAAAUCUAAAUUUUUACUCUGAUGCGUAAAAAUAGAUAUUGAAAUUAAUUACAGAAAAAUAUAAAUGCGCAAUUGUGUAAUUGUUAAUCAAAAACUAUUGUAAAUGAAGAGUGGUCCGCUUUACCUCACCAAGUCCGUCUCACUUGUGUGGCAAAGUAGACAGCUAUAUUUUGUAAUGGAAUUUGUCCUAUUUUCUAAUUUGAUAGAGCAGUUUACACUAGCAUAAAUUCUUUAUAGAUUAUUGUUGACUGUCCAAUCAAAUCAGAAUAGAUGGGGCUAAUACCACUGUAAAAUUUUUGGCGGUCAUCUUGCCACAUCAGGGUGGUAAACUUAGAGGAGCAAAGUGGAAAUACCCGUAAAUGAAAUAUAGCAGUUUUUCCGAUUGGUAAAUUAAUUGUUUGAUACAUAAUUAUGAGGAUUAAUGCAUACUGUUGAUGUAAAGUAAAAGAAAUCGUAUUUAAAAAUAUCAUUGUACAUUUUUACAAACUAUUAAAACUUUAUCUUGUAUCCAAACACCUUUUCACGUGUUCAUAAGAGAAAUUUAAAUUAAAAAAUCUCAUUUUACGACACAUAAUAAUAGAAACUGUUUACAACCUUAAGGAAUAGUCGUUGCCUUAUUUAGUUUAUAUUGUUUUGUGACUAUAAGACAUACUGUAGAUACAUUAUAAGAUAGUUUAUUGUAAGUCAUUAUUAUUGUAGAUAUCAUCAGCUCUAUCAUUUUGGCCUAUUAAAAAAAUAAAUCAUUUGGUGUCACAA